ACACGCACCACGAUCGAUGGCGUACAGGGCGGAGGACGACUACGACUACCUCUUCAAGGUCGUGCUCAUCGGCGACUCCGGGGUCGGCAAAUCCAACCUUCUCUCCCGCUUCACGCGCAACGAGUUCAGCCUCGAGUCAAAGUCCACCAUCGGGGUCGAGUUCGCAACCAGGAGCAUCAGGGUCGACGACAAGGUCGUCAAGGCGCAGAUCUGGGACACCGCGGGGCAGGAGAGAUAUCGGGCAAUCACAAGUGCGUACUAUCGAGGGGCUGUUGGCGCGCUUGUCGUUUAUGAUGUGACACGCCAUGUGACCUUUGAGAAUGUGGAGAGGUGGUUGAAGGAGCUCCGGGAUCACACAGAUGCAAACAUUGUUAUCAUGCUUGUCGGCAACAAGGCUGAUUUGCGCCACCUUAGGGCUGUAUCAGUGGAGGAUGCCAAGGCCUUCGCUGAGAGGGAAAGCACCUACUUUAUGGAAACAUCUGCGUUGGAGGCCAUGAAUGUUGAGAACGCCUUCACUGAGGUUCUAACUCAGAUCUAUCGUGUGGUCAGUAAGAAGGCCCUCGACAUAGGUGAUGACCCUGCUGCUCCGCCAAGAGGGCAAACCAUCAAUGUCGGUGGCAAGGAUGAUGUCUCUGCUGUGAAGAAGGCAGGGUGCUGUUCAUCCUAAAUUCGUUUUGCUCGUGAAGAGGGACCAUAUGCUCACCUGAUUAUAUGAUGGGAACUUCAAGUAUGACUUCAUUUUUGCCACCUAACCUGGAUGUUUGUGAGAAGAUUAUAUUGGUGCACCAAGAAAUUCAUUUAGAUAUCAAGAUUUAACCCCAGAUUGGGAAGGUUGUAUACUAUAUAGCCCUCAGAGAUGGUACUGUAUCUUCUGUAUCACAAUAGGUUAUGUUCUACUUGGUAAAUGUCAUCUGUAACUGGUAGCCAGUAUGAGGUUUACAUGGUUAUACCGUUAUAUUGUGUAUUUUCCCCAGAUGUACAGAAAUUGCGUUAAAGAUCCAUGUUUCUUAUCA